CUCGCAUCAAGUCGACGUUCCGUGUCGCGAUAAUACUGCGAAAAUAUAUCUAAUUCCACAUGCAAUCUGCCUUCAGUCCCUCAUGAGGGGAUAAUACUGGGGACCCGCUACAGCAUAUUACAACACUAGAAUCUCGAAGGGGCCUUCGUCUGAACGGGUUGCCCGGCAUCUUUGGAUUCCUAUAGUUGCGCUCUAAGGGAUUAAGACGGGGCGCGAAUUGAUCCAAUGAGUUGUCACAACGUCUCUCCAUCAUCCAUUGAGGAGACGGAAAAUGAAAUCGCAGAGUUAGAGCGAAGACUCUCGGUCGCUAGGGCGAAACUCAGACCGAAGACUGAGAAUCAAAAAACCCAUUCCGAACACAGCCAACCCCCUACACAAUCUGCGCACCAUUACCUGCUUCUCCUUUCCGAUUCAGCCCUCCCUCUAGGUUCCUUCGCCUUCAGCAGCGGUCUAGAGUCCUACCUCGCACACACCCCUCGCAACCAUGCCUCUUUCUCCGCCUUCCUCCCCGAGUCUCUGUCCUCCUACGCCUCGACAACUCUCCCCUUCGUCCUCGCCGCCCACCGCGACCCCGCCGCUGUAGCCGACCUCGACGACGCCCUCGACGCCGCCAUCAUCUGCACCGUUGGCCGCCGCGCCUCCGUCGCCCAGGGCCGCGCCCUGGUAUCCGUCUGGGAACGCAGCUUCGCUGGCUCGCUGCCUGAGGAAGCCGUGGAAACGCUGCGCCCUUAUGUGGCGCUCUUAAGGUCAACUGUGGUCGCCUCCAGCCUAUCUCCCCACACUCCCACUUCCACUUCCACUUCCUCGUCUUGUUCUUCUUCAAGGUCAGAUGCAAAAGAUCUACCGCCACCUGUAUCCGCCCACCUCGGACCCGUAUUUGGCGCCGUCUGUAGACUCGUCGGCUUGACGCUACACCAGACCGCCUACGUGUUCAUGUUGAGCCACGUCAAAGCUCUGGUCUCGGCGGCCGUGAGGGCGAGCGUGUUCGGUCCUUAUCAGGCACAGAAAGUACUCGGUGGCGCUGACGUGCAGAGGAUGAUUGUAACACUUAUCGAAAGGGAAUGGUCGACGCCCGUCGAGGAGGCCGGGCAGACUAUGCCCAUGAUGGACCUCUGGAUUGGGAGGCACGAGCUGCUCUAUUCUCGCAUUUUCAACAGCUAGAGAGUCCGCUGCAGCGGCACGAGAGAAAGAAGGGAAAGCAGCAAGGGCGUCUGGGUAUCAUGAGUCGCUUCUAUAUUGUUGAUAUUCAUACAAAUUAAAACACCCUC